AUGGAGAAUGAGUCUACCAACCUAAAUGAUUCUACUACCUUUCCUAUCCCACUGCAAGUCUUUGUUAGAGAACAUCGGGAUGAAAUUGUUGUGGUGGAAAAGCCACCCGUCUGUUAUGAUAGCUACCAUCGGUGGUGCCUACCCGACCUGACAGGAUUCGUAUCCAAGGAGUCGCCUCAUCCAGUAGCGCACGGUAGUUUCAGGGAUGUGUGGAAAUGCAUUUACAUCGCAUCCAACCGUGGAGGCAAGCAUGCUACACGUGUGGCUGUCCAACAAUCUGAAUUCAUGACAGGCGACGAUUCCAGGGACAGAGUGACUCAGAGACUCUUGGGCGAUUUUCGUGCACGCAAGCAACUGCAUCACGACAAUCUUUUGCCUUUGCUCGGUUUCAGUCACGAAUUCGGGCUACUUCUAGCGAUGAUUUCUCCCUGGAUACACAACGGCUCGCUCACCACAUAUCUUGAACACCGUUUCACGGAAAUGACCAUCGAACAAAAGCUCCUGAUCGUGACUCCCGUGGGAACUAUAGGAGGAUAUAAUUCUGCUCCUGCUAAAUAUGACUAUGUAUACUACGAUAAAUUUGAGUUGUUGGCUUUGUCGUGGAAAACGGUGUUCGCAUUGGGCAUUAAAUCUGUGACGACCAGUAGCGUCAAUCUCCAUGAUGAUAUGGGCAACAUUGCAUCUGGUAAUGCGGGUGCCUUACCCCCGCAACUGGAUAGUACGACGAUAGAACCUAAGGUGUUGUCACGAUUGGCGCAGGCAUGGCACGUGCAUAGUAUUCAGCUGGCUGGGGAGAGUACAAACGACGUAUAA